UAGAGUCAAACAUGGAGGACCGACGCACAGAGUUAUGAGAGCGCCGCGAAACUUUGGGAAAAGGUGGAUGCAGGGCUGCCUGUGUCGAUUUCACCCACGUUCGUUUCUUCGUCGUGAAGUUUUCUGUUUCCGAGAGUCGAUGGGAGUUAAACAUUUGUAAUGCAGUAGAAAAUUGCGAUAUAUUUGUUGUUUGAGCAAAGGCAGGGGGUCAGACCCCCCUAGCGUCCCAGCAGCGCUAUGCCGUGGGUGAACAGUUGUAAGCGGAGAGAGAGCUCGGAGCUGCCGCUGCCCCCGGGCUGGGAGGAAGCCAGGGAUUAUGACGGCAGAGUCUUUUAUAUUGACCACAACACUCGUCAAACUUCAUGGAUCGAUCCCAGGGACAGGAUUACCAAGCCCCUGACCUUUGCUGACUGUGUUGGGGAUGAGCUUCCUCUGGGCUGGGAGGUGGUGUAUGACCAGCAGGUGGGCGUCUACUACAUCGACCACAUCAAUAAGACGACCCAGAUAGAGAACCCUCGCACACAAUGGCGUCAGGAGCAGGAGCGCAUGUUAAAAGAGUACCUGGUGGUGGCACAUGAGGCUCUCAAUGCCAAGAAAGAGAUGUAUCAGAUCAAACAGCAAAGACUCGAGCUGGCACAGCAAGAGAUGCAACUCUUCAACCAGCUCAAUCAGGAUGACAACCGUUCCAUCAGCAGCUCUCACUCUGGUUCCUCUUCAAACGCAAAAUAUGACCCUGACCAAAUCAAAGCGGAAAUCGGCUGUAGGCGUGAGCGGCUCUCCAGACUCAAACAGGAACUGGCUCAGAUGAGACAGGAGCUGCAGUACAAGGAAAUGGGAGUGGAGACCCUACAGGAAAUUGACCGGAAAAUGUCCAGCAGUCAGACCAAUUACAAAUUAGAUGAAGCACAGGCCAUCUUCAGCGAGCUUCGCAGCAUUAAAAAGGCCAUCAGUACUGGCGAGAAGGAGAGGCAGGACCUCAUCCAGAGCCUGGCCAAGCUGACUGUGAACUUCUGUGACUCUAUUAAUGAGGUGGCCAACAGUGCAAACACCCUCGGAGACUCCUGUAGUGUACAACAAUACACAGACACUGGCUGCCAGACUGAGCUGAUGGGAGAGUUUGGCACCCAGGAGUCAUCAGUUCUUGCUGACAGAGUCAAACUCAGUUGGCAGUAUGAAGAGGCUAAGAAAAAGAUGUCCGGUAUUCAGCAUCAGUUGGCCCAGUUGGACGGUGAGAGCUGGUCUGGACAUGCAGAGGCCGAUCGGGACUGGGACUGUCUGCAGCUGCUGCGGGAGAAGGAGGCUCUGCUCCAGGAGAUCACUCUACUUAGCCAGCAGCAGCACUCCCCAGAAACGCUGCUCCAGCUGCAGGAGGAGAAACACAGGCUGGAGGAGGAGGUGCAGAAAGCCCAGAGUGUCCAGAGUCUGGGAGCCAAUCAGAGGAUAUUACAGCAGGAGAAGAGGAAUGUACUUAUGAAGCAACUUGAGGAAGCCACCCGUAUCACCACCUAUCUACACUCUCAGCUGAAGAGCCUAUCAGCCAGUAAUCUGACGGUGUCCUCCAGCAGCAGCCGAGGCUCUUUAGCCUCCAGUCGUGGCUCUUUGGCAUCCAGCCGUGGUUCUCUCAGCUCCGUCAGCUUCACUGACAUCUAUGGCCUGCCCCAGUAUGAGCGAACAGAAGGCAGCUCUGAUGUUCUGGACCCGUCUUUCCGCUACCUUCUCCCCUUAGAGACCCACAGCAGGGACGGUUCAGCCUUCGGGCCAAAGCGGUCCCAUGACACACCACAGUCUCUCACAUCUCUCUCCUCACGGUCCUCACUUUCCUCGCUCUCCCCUCCCAGCUCCCCCAUGGACACCCCCUACCACUCGGCCCCACAGGACUGCCCUCUGGCCCAGAUGACAGAGGAGUACAUGGAGGUGGCCAGCAGGUGUCUGCUGGCUGAAGGACUACGGAAUCAGACUCAAUCCCAGCAGCACAUUACUCUUCCCGGGGAAGGGGAAGUGGGAAUCACAGCCUCUGCACACCACCUGGAGGGGAAGAGCCAUAGAGAUGGAGUUCAAGGAACGCAAAGCUCCACAGGAGUGACCCUGCGCUGUAAAAGUGCAAGUAGGACCAGCAGAAGAGCGAGACGAGUGUCUGCAGGAGUAAAUGAAGAUGUUUUGGCAACAGACAGUGGGGUGUUUGAAGCCUGGAGCAGAAGUAGGACAGAGGACUCAGAAGAAGUCAGUUUUCCUCCAGAUGUCCCAGCCUCAGAUCCAGUUCAGAUUCAGAUUGGUCUUCUAUAUGAUUCGAAUGGCAUGUUUUUGCUGCUGCAUGUCCUUCAGAUGAGAAAUUUAAGCAAGGCCACCAUUAGAGAUGGAUGCAAAGUAUUUGUGAAGGUUCAUGUUCUCCCGGUGGACUCCGGUCGGCCCUGCACAUAUUACUGCUGUAAGGCCCAGGAGCCUCAAUCUCUUCUCAGCUUUAAUGAGGGCUUCCGGAUCCCUCUGAGUGCUGGAGGCCCCGGGACCCAUGCGUUACACUUAAACCUCUGUGCUGUAGGACCCCUCGCCCAGGAGGAGCUACUGGGCUCUGCGCAGGUCUCACUGACAGACUGUGCAGGCAGCACUGAAAUGAUCUUCCAGUGGCUUAAAGUACAUAUCCACAACACAGAGAACCACAGACGCACAGAGCACAGCCGCCUUAGUCAACCCAGCUGCAUCAUGGAUGAAGAGGAGAACGAAGGCAAGCUUGAGGUGUCUGUGGUGACUCGUUUGGAAGAGAUGAAGAAAGAGUUACAGAGGAGUAAAGAGAAGCUGGAAAGGAAGGAAGAGCAAGGAGAAGCCGUUUCUGAGAGGAGUUGGCAGGCUGAGUCCGUGGACAGCGGCUGCAGUAACAGUACAGCGUUUGUCGUUCCCUGUCCUGAGAGUCUUAGCGGUGAAGGUAUCUGCGUGACCUCUGGGAGAUGCUGUCUCCAGCCUGCAGAGAGGAAUCCAAUAGUAAAGGUGGACAAGGCAACCAACACAGAGGGUGUGUUUCCAGAGCCAAUGAGAAUGCGGCCGAAAGAAAGGCCAGGCCGCUGGGGUCACAGCUCACCGUUCAUGCGCAGCAGCACAAUAGUCAGAUCUCAGACGUUUUCACCUGGAGCGCGCAGUCAGUAUGUCUGUAGGUUGUACAGAAGUGACAGUGAUAGCUCUACUCUACCAAAGAAAUCCCCCUUUAUCAGAAACACUCUAGAGCGACGAACCCUGCGAUAUAAACAGCAGUCGCACCGCUCGCCUCUGGCUGAGCAGCCCACACGUACCUCUCUGGACCUGGAGCUGGACCUUCAGGCCUGCCGUACACGACAGAGGCAGCUGAGCGAGGAGCUGACCGCUCUGAGGGAGCUCAAACUGCGGCUGGAGGAGCCCAUGCAGGGGCCCCGCGGCACUGUGGACCUCCCUCAUUGGGCUCUGCGGGAUGAGCGUUUCCGAAACCUGCUACGUGAAGCCCAGAGACAGACCAAGCAGACUAGACAGGAGCAGAGGCAGGAGGAAGCUGCUGAGAGGAGGUUGCGGAAGGCCUCAAAAGAGGUUUUGCAAAUGAGGGGCCAGAGCCACAAAGAGCCCCUCCCUGUGCAGACCUUCAAAGAGAAGAUGGCUUUUUUUACUAGACCAAGAUUCAACAUCCCUCCUCUGCCAGCCGAUGACGUGUGAGCGCCCCCUAGGCCACGCUAUCAGAUAUGAAGAAUUUGUCUGUUUUUUUGUAUUCAUGCCCAUGAAGUAAUUAGAACAAAAACGUAGUUAUUUCAGCACAAAUAUGCAACAUUCGAACAACAGAAACAUGUACAAAACAAGCGUGUGUGUGUGUGUGUGGUUGUGUGUGAUUGUGUGUGUGUGUGUGUGUGUGUGUGUGGUAGUACUAAUGAACACGUACACUUAUAUUUUGUAAUUAUUGACAUCUUGGCAACUUUUCCUGCUUGUUUAAAGAAGGAAAUAAUUGUUUUAUAAAAGAACAAAGCAUCUUUUUACUCCUGUAUGAUGUACUUCUGAUAUUUCUAUGUCUGCGCUUACUUAAGGCUGGAAGACGGGAACAAAGUCAGUUUAGACAAAUUCACUGUACUGUAACUUAUUUUAUAGUACUUUUCCUUGAAGGAAAUAAAAAUGCUCCUUGCUUUUUAAUGUAUUUUAUAAAGCUUAAAACAAACAGCACUUACUGUAAGUGUUUCUUGACGUACAGUAGAAUGGAAAUUUUGGCUGAUUUUGUUUCUGUUACCUGAUUCUUUAAAGUUACCUAAAAUGUCACUUUUUUUAUCCACUUUUGUUGCAGUUGUCAUUUUCCCUUGUGCUGUUAUUCUAUUAAAAUUAUUAAUAUUAUUACUUGUACUUUUCAAGAUAUAGACAAAUAUAAUUUUGUAUGCUGUCUGUGAAAACGUCUGCAGUGUUACCUUUCUUAUGAAGAUAAAAGCAUUAAAAACGUGAAAAUGCAGCUGAA